AUGCCUUUUUUCAAGUCAAAGAACAAGGCCGGAGACCACAAGACUAAGGCCCUCGCUCCUGCCCCCGCCACACCAUUUGACCCGUACUACGGGUUCUCCGACGGGUUUUCAGGCUCCCAGAACCGUAGAGGAAGUGACCCCUCCAGCUACCAGCACCAGUCCCCCUUCGAGGGCGGGCAAUACAUUUGCGCCUGCAAGGCCUGCACUUGCGGCGAGAGCGUCCAGUAUCCCGGCGAUAUGUGCCACGACUGCUCGAAUAACAAGCAUUAA